UUGGGCCAGGUCCACAGACCGCGACCCCAAAAUGGCGAGUCGGGGUACGGUCUCGGGGAGCUAGAGGGAUCAGGUGGGGGACCGGUCCUCCAAGCCUCCCCCCUCCCCACCCCGCGCUCCCGAGCUCGGAGCUGCCCUCGCCAGGCCCGCAGAGGCGCGGGAACCGGGCGCUUGCUCCUCAGGGCGGCGGGGAGGCGUGGCGACAUUGCUGCCGAGUCGAGGAAGAGGGAAGUGGCGCCCGCGGAAGCCGGGGCUGGGCGGAGUGCCCUUGGGGAGAAGAUCCACUCAUUGGUUUUAUACCAAACCUGACAAGGCCUCAGUUGUCAAAGGUGGCACCAGGAGGAUGUCACACAUAGGAGUAAAACUGUUCCUAGAGCAAAUGAUGAUGAGACAUCUGGAGGUGAAUGCAUGCUUGUACCCACACAUGGAGGCUUUGUGGGGGACUGAGGGGUCUCUGAAAGAGAGCUCCAGUGAGAGUAAGAAAUCCAGCCCACAAACGGACAGUCUUGGUCCUGAGAGCGCUCGCCAGCACUUUCGGAGCUUCUAUUAUCAUGAAGCACCUGGACCACUUGAGGCUGUCAGCCAACUUCAGGAAUUAUGCCACCAGUGGCUGAGGCCAGAAAUCCACUCGAAAGAGCAGAUCUUGGAACUGCUGGUGCUAGAGCAGUUCCUGACUAUUCUACCCAGGGAGACCCAGAACUGGGUGCAGAAGUAUCGUCCACAGAGCAUCAGAGAGGCUGUGGCCCUGGUAGAGCGCUUUCAGAGAGAACCUGAUGGAAUAAGUGAUGAGGUCACAGCCCAUGAGCUGGGAAAGGAGGCAGUGCCCUUGGGAGGAACAGCAGUGGCCCCAGGCUUUAAGUGGAAGCCAGCAGAGCCCCAACCAAUGGGUAUGUUCCAGAAAGAAUGUUGGAAUACAUACCGGGUACUACAGGAACAGCUGGGCUGGAAUACUCACAAAGAAACCCAGCCUGUAUAUGAAAGAGCUGUGCCUGCUCAACAGAUUCUAGCCUUUUCUGAGCAGAAAAGCCCCCCAAACUGGAAGAUGGCAUCUGAGCUCAUCUUGCCUGAGUUCCAGAGCCUGUUGACAUUUGAAGAUGUGGCAGUGUCCUUUUCUGAGGAAGAAUGGAAGUUACUGGACCCUACUCAGAAGAUCCUUUACAAUGAUGUAAUGCAGGAGAACUAUGAGACUGUCAUCUCUCUAGCUUGGGAGGAUUCUAGUUCAUCUCCUCCGGACUCAGUGGGGUCCCGUGACAGUGCUGGUGAGGAAGGGACAGAGACCGCCAUCACCCAGUCACGGCUACAGAUGGACUUGGGCAAAGCAACACGGAGAUCGAUAGGCAGGAAAUGCUGUUGGAGGAGCUGGUACCAGUGGGCCCGGCACACGUACCACCAAACAUCCACCUGGAGUCGCCCCCACUGCAAGUGAUGGGACCCGCCCCAGAGGCCCCCGUGGCAGAGGCCUGGAUGCCCCAGGCGGGGCUGCCGGAGCUGGGCUACGGUGCUGCCGAGGAUUGCCGGCCCUUCCUGGACCCUGGAGAGCCAAGACCAAAGCCUGACCCGGGGUGCCCAGUGGAGCACAGAGAAGAGCCGAAGUGCCAGGAACUGCAGGAUUCCAAGAAAGUGAAAGAACAGUUCCAAGACCCCAGGAUAGAUGGAAAUGUGCUUCUUGGUCCCAAUGUGCCCAAAUUCUCCGAACGGGUAACGAAUCCAUUGGGAAACCCAGCAGAACAGCUACCCAGAGAUUGCACAAUACCUGUCCGCCUUCAGAACCUCUCUCUUCGAGAGACAGCCGAGAGCUCCAAGCGGGAAAGACCUCUCAGCCCCCACAGCCCAGGAGCAAAACAGUCCCAGAGGGAAGGCACCCCAGCGUAUGCAGUGUGGGAAAUGUGUUGCUAAAAAGAAGCUACUCAAUAAGCACCUGCAAAUUCCCUGGGGAGAGCUCCCUCGCAAGUGCCUGGAAUGUGGGGAAAGAGUCCGUAAAGCAGACCUCUUUAGGCACCGUCAAGUUCACACAGGGGAGACACCCUAUGAAUGCUCUCUAUGUAACAAGCCAGCCACUCAGGGGUCCCACCUCAUAGCACACCAGAGAGCCUAUCCCCCGCGAGAAACGAACCAGCGCUUUGACUAUAAGAAAAGGUUUUGUGAUAGAUCAAGUUUUAUGAGACAUCAGAAGAUCCACGCAGGAGGAAAGCCCCAUAAAUAGCCCAGUUGUGGGGAAAGUUUCAGCCGGCAGAGGGGUCUUCACUUGGCACCAGAAAACGCACAUUGAAGAGAGACCAUUUAUCUGCGAGUAUUGUGGGGAAAGCUACAGACAGAGAUCAAGCCUUGUUAAUCAUUUAAAAAACACAGAAGGGAGAGUCCCUGCAAGUGUAGUCAUUGUUCUACAAGCUCGUAAAGCAAGCAGGUCUUACGAUGCACCAAGCUGCUCACUUGAGAGAAGAAUCCUCCGACAAAAGGUUGAGGGAAACAGCUCCUACACCCCAUCAAUCAACGCUCAUUCAUAAAUCCUUCACCUGCACGAGGCGAUCUCGGAAGAACAGUUUUGCCAGACCUUAUUCCUAAGGACAGCUUUGUGUUUUACUCCGUUUCAAACCCAUCUUCCAAGGCAUGCAAAUUCUAGAGUAUUCACGGACUCUUACCACUGUCCUAGAUCUGUUUAAUUGUUAUGAUGAAAAUGUCUUUGUCCAACGCCAACCACGACAUAGGUGUAAGUGAGAAGCAGUCCUUCCAGAUUUAGGGCCAGCUUCUCAGUAAACAGGGAUGCGCCCCAUUGACCUCUAUCUAUGCGAUAUUUAAGUCACGUGGAAACAUACGCUCUUCCUGUUUUGUUCCCACUAACUGGGUGUUGGAGCAACACGCAGAUGCCUCCCUAACAGUGGCAAAGAGCACUUCCCUUGGCUCCCAGCCAUCUGGAGCAUCAGCGAAUCAUGGAGAAAGGACGCUCUGAAGUCCAUCCCAGCAUACCCAUCCCCAGCAUCAAGAGGAAGGCAGAUGAAUACUUAAAACCCACCCUGGCCUGGAAAACGUGCUGAGCUUUUUACUUGGUAGGCAACUAGGAAGCCACAGAAAUGAUCUGGAUCUGUCAAACUGGCUGUGGAUGCUGACACGAGCCACACCAGGGUGGAGAUGGCCCUUGCCAAAAAGUCACAUAACGUACCUGCUUAGGCCUGUGCGCAGUUUUGGAAAGUGCAAACAAACAGGUUUAGAAUAACAAUAGCCUUGCGUCCACUGUUAAAAUAAAAGCUGCAUUUUCACUCCUA